AAUUUUAUGAAAUAAAAAAUUAUAAAUAUAUAUUUAUUUAACACGAUACAAACAGUUCCUAUAUAUAUAUACUAAAAAAAAAAAAAAAAAAAAAGAAAAAGAAGUUCCUAUGCUGACACUAAUAAAGCCUUCGGCCAUUGCUCCACAGCUGAGCUCACUUCAUACUGAUCUCAGUAAAAAGGAUCACAAAUGUGUACCAAAGGCGUAACUUUUGGAAUAUGCUACCACCCCUACACAAACAAAUCACACCCUUCCAAAAUCCAAAUCCAUCCUAUCUUUUCCCGCCACGUGGCACCGCGUUUUCCCUCUCUCCUUCUCUUCAUCUCGACGGCGUUUACCAGUCUCUCUCUAUUCUCAUUUUGUGUCCUGUCAACCAUUACGACUCCUUUCUUUAGUCAGCCAUAAAAAUGUCCAUCCAAAUUCACCGCAUCUUCUUCCCUUUAUUAUCCCGGUAAAAUGACAGAAAAUAAAGAGCUCAAGCCGCAGCCGUAACUGUGUAUACUUGAUCCAUUAUUAUUAUUUUGGGGUAGUUUUUUUUUUUGAAACGAAAAAGUAUCUUGGAGUAGAUGGACUUAGGUCUCUAUGCAUCACUUGCCUCGACUUUUUAAUCAUAACAAAGGAAAGGGUCCAAUGGAUCCAAAGAACGGCAGAAGUAGGCCAAGGCUAGAACGCAGAAAUGCUGCUAAACAUAUAGAGUACGAUGCGACCUCGUCUUUUUCUUCUCUAGACGCAUCAUCAUGUUCAUCGUCGUUAGUUACUAGAUCUCUUGAUUUACCGGAGGGGACUAGUUUUCGGAUCGAAGGAACUGAUGGUGAGUUUGACCGCAUUUGUCGGAGCAUCGGACUCACAGGUCCCGAAGAUUUCGAAAUUCCGACGGCCGCGUGGGAAGCGAUGAAAGUCCGCUCGGCGUCGGAUCUUUUGCCUAGGUCUAGAUUAUACGUUUCGGAUAGUCCGAGAAUAGCGGAAGCGAAACACAAGGAGCAGGAGCAGGAAAAAAGUGAAUUGUGUGCUAGGGUUUUGGAUACUGUUAGAACUGACGAUUCUACUGAGUUGACUCAGGAAAAGCAAGUCCAGCCAGUUAAAUUAAAUGUAUCAGGAGGAGGAAUUAAAGGAGUUAGACCGCCGUUACUGAAGCCGCCUCCGUCAAUGACGUUACCGGUAAUAGAUAAAUGUUGUUCAACUUGGGAUAUAUUAAGGGAUUUUGCACCUGAAAAUGAUAGAAGGUCGUCUAUGUUAAUAGCUGAGGGGGGCUUAAGUUCUGAUGACGAGGAAGAAGUGGCUGCUGCUAUUAAUAAGGGAGAAGAAGAAGAAGAAGAAGAAGAAGAUGAUGAUGAUAAUUUGUCGAGGAUUAGAGAAAUUGGUGUUUUAUCCGAGUCAUGUUCGUUUACUACGUCUAAUGAUGAUGAUUCCUCUAGUACUACUACGGAGCUUAUGUCCAAUAUUUCGCCGCAUGAGAGAUUUAGAAGAAUGAUUAGUGAUUGGGAAAAAGGUGAUCUUUUGGGUCGUGGAUCGUUUGGAUCUGUGUAUGAAGGAAUUGCUCACGAUGGCUUCUUUUUUGCCAUCAAAGAGGUUUCCUUGCUUGAUCAAGGAAGUCAAGGCAAGCAAAGUAUUUACCAACUUGAGCAGGAGAUUGCUCUUUUAAGUCAGUUCGAACAUGAAAACAUAGUUCGGUAUUAUGGCACUGAUAAGGAUGAUUCAAAUCUAUACAUCUUUCUUGAGCUUGUAACUCAAGGUUCUUUGAUGAAUCUUUAUCAAAGAUAUCAUCUUCGAGACUCCCAAGUUUCUGCCUACACAAGACAAAUUUUGCAUGGUUUGAAGUAUCUUCAUGAUCGAAAUGUAGUUCACAGGGAUAUCAAAUGUGCAAAUAUUUUGGUAGAUGCAAGUGGAUCGGUUAAACUUGCAGAUUUUGGAUUGGCUAAGGCAACCAAACUAAAUGAUGUUAAAUCAUGCAAGGGGACUGCUUUUUGGAUGGCCCCAGAGGUUGUCAAUAGGAAAACCCAUGGUUAUGGUCUUCCAGCUGAUAUAUGGAGCCUGGGAUGCACUGUUUUGGAGAUGUUAACCCGUCAGGUUCCAUAUUCCCAUUUGGAAUGUAUGCAGGCGUUGUUUAGGAUUGGCAAAGGUGUUCCACCUCCUGUACCUGAUUCUCUUUCAAAUGAUGCAAGAGAUUUUAUUCUGCAAUGCCUUCAAGUUAAUCCCAAUGGUCGUCCUACUGCUGCUCAGCUCUUAGAGCAUUCAUUUGUGAGGCAGCCACUUCCAAUGUCCUCAGGUUCUGCAUCACCUUAUUAUGGCCGACGGUUUUAGAAGCUUUUUUCUCAGCUAAACUCUAAUAGAUAAUCAGUUGUCCAUGGAUAAGCGAUGGGAUCAUGUUUUAUAGUCUCAAGUGGGAGGACUUGUCCUCGGAUACUAUUUGGCAGACACUGAGUUUUGGUUGCACUAACUCAAACAGUGUGCUUGUGUUCUUGGUAUUGCUCGUUCAAAUCAAAUCUGAAGUAAUGUGUUGGACCUGGAAAUUCAAAUGAUGUGCAGGAUGUGGGUUGUGGGUUCUUGGAUCUUUUUACAUGACUACUUUGGAUCAUGGGUCCUGCCUGCUCUGAGAAUUCCGCAAAAUAGAUCCAACUGUUCUUGAAUUACUAUCUGGUUACUUGUCUGUCAUGAAAAAGAUGGUCUCCUGAUGGCAAACAAAGUUACCUUCAUUUAUUAAUUAUUUGAAUGUGGGAAGAUUGUAAGAAUUGAAAAACGGACAUCACUUGUAAAUAUCCUACCAUUGUUGUAUUGUAGCAGAUGGCAGUAUCAAUUGAAUAUGUUUUGUUGUUUUCCA